AUGGAUAAAAUUCCAUGGUUACCAUAUACUACUGUGAGACGUAAUAAUCACAUUGUAAAUGUUCAAACCAAUACCUUAUUCUCGCUUGUUUCAGAAUCUUGGAGAAGAUGGAUGGAAAUAGUACGGAAAGAAGUAGAGAAAAGACUCAAUGAAAACGAAU